CCAUGGAGACCCGCCUGAGGGACGCCAAGGAGGCUGCAGCUGUGUGAGCCCUGCAGGGGCCUGAGCUGCGGAACCGUGUGACUGGGGGAGCCAGGCCCCAGGGAGGCUGCUUGGCCAGAAGAUGCCUUUUUCUGUCUUGGGGGACGGCUGGACACUGCCCUGGGGGUCAGGACCAAGCACGGGAGCCCCGGGCCCAGGGAGCCCGGCCGCGGAGCCGCUGAGCAUUCCUUUGUGGCCCUGGCCUCCCCACAGCAUCGAGCACGUCCUCUGCUGCUGCCCAGGGAAGCCCCCGCCCACAAGGACAUGGAGCUGGAUCAGCUGGACCUGAACCCCCGAGUCCUGGCGGCCCUCAAGAGAGCCAGACUCAAGACCGUGAAGGAAGUCCUGUGCAUGUCUGCACCUGACCUGCAGAGACGCACUGGCCUGUCCAGCCCCGACACCCAGCGCCUGCUGACAGCGGCCGCCACCCACCUUCGGGGCCACUGCAUGCUUACAGCACUGCAGCUGUACCAGCAGAGGGAGCGCUUCCCCGCGCAGCAUCAGCGCCUGAGCCUCGGCUGCCCACGGCUGGACCGGCUCCUGGGAGGAGGGCUGCCCCUGGACGGCAUCACGGAGCUGGCUGGCCGCAGCUCGGCGGGGAAGACCCAGCUGGCCCUGCAGCUCUGCCUGGCGGUGCAGUUCCCACGGCAGCACGGCGGCCUGGAGGCUGGUGCCGUCUACAUCUGCACGGAGGACAUCUUCCCCAGCAAACGACUGUGGCAGCUCAUUGCCCAGCAGCCACGGCUGCGAGCGGAUGUGCCGGCCGAGGUGAUCCAGAGCAUCCAGUUCGGAGACCGGAUCUUCAUCGAGCAUGCAGCCGACGUGGACACCUUGAUGGAGUGUGUGAGCUACAAGGUCCCCAUGCUGCUGUCUCGGGGUCUGGCUCGCCUACUGGUAGUGGACUCAGUGGCGGCCCCAUUCCGCUGUGAGUUGGACAGCUUGGACUUCGUUGCCCGUGCCAGGCACCUGCAGUCUCUGGGGGCCACACUGCGCCAGCUCAGCAGCACCUUCCAGAGCCCUGUGCUGUGUGUCAAUCAGGUGAGCGCAGGUGCAGGGCCACUGGGCCCGGAGGACGAGCACCUGCGCCCAGCCCUCGGCAUCACCUGGGCCAACCAGCUCCUCAUGAGGCUGAUGGUCGACCGCAUCCGCGAGGAGGAGGAGGCUGCUCUGGGCCCAGGCAGCCGCCCAGCCCGGACCCUGCGGGUGGUCUUCGCACCCCACCUGCCCCCCUGCUCAUGCUCCUACACAGUCAGUGAGGAAGGGGUGCGAGGAACCACAGCCUUGGACACAGGGCAGCUACACAGCAGCCCGGCCAAGGUCCUAAGAGCCCAGUUCUGACCAAGCAAGAACUGGGUCACUCAGGCACAGGCAUUGAGCUUGCUGGCGUCUCCUGUAACAAUAGCACCAGCUCCUCAGAAGGGACAGGUUGUCAGGACGGGGUGCCGACUCCACCUAGGUUAUCAGGCCUGGGUACUUGCCCCACACUCCAGCCCCUAGAAGAGAGGUGGCUUACCAGGGCUCAUGCUUCCAGGGUCUCUGCAAUGCACUCCACUGUGAGUGCAGAGGGCCACUUGUGCCCUGUCCUCUCCUGUCUCCCUCAGUGCCCACUCAGGACAGGGAGAGAGCCUUCCCCAGCUACCAGUACUUCCUAGAAAGCUAUACCUAGGUUCCCGCAACCCUACAGCCUAGCCCAGGAGCCCCCAGGCCCUAGUGCAUGCAGGUGGGAGAGACGCUGAGCUAGACCCACAGGGACAAACUACAUCCAGCAUACCUCCCCAAGCCCAGCCAGGCAGUAAGGGUACUGCCAUCUGUGCCCCAGCCCAGCCAGAGUACCAGCGUCCAGCAGUGGGAUCCUGCAGAACCCAAGCCAGACUACUGGCCACAGACAGGAAGCCCAGUGGUCACUAAGGCUGUAGCCUCUGAGAAAGGCUGGGACCACUCGGUCUGCACCUCCAACAGAUGCACAAUGGACUGCGCAGCAGCUCCCAGCCCUCCCUCAGGAGCCACUGUCUGCCAGGUGCCGCAGACCUGUGGUUUCUGCACGUUGGGAGGAAACUGAGGCACGCUCUGUGGCAGCUUGUCUUCCCACAGGCUACACGGAGGUGCCCCAUGCCUGGAUGGAGUGUGGUGUGAAGUCCUUGCUGUGCAGAGCUAGGACAGUGUUGUCUAGGGAUUAGGUUUUUACAAAAACUAUGUCCACAAAAGUGUAGGGACUUUACAGGAAGAAAUAAAUGUUUUAUUUUGGCAAAUAAUAUGGACAAUUCUGAAUGAUUUUGCAAGCAACCCAUAUCCACAAUUAGAAAAUAAACCACAGCGCUCCUCCUAUGCCUGUCUCGGGACAGCUGCCCAGCCCUCACACGUCCUGGAGACCACAGU